UUUCUAUUUAAACAGCUAACGACCAAACUCCAGCAAACAGUACAAGAAAACGAGAAUCAGAAACUCCAGAUUCAAGAUCUGCAAACACGUCCUGUAGGGUCAUGGAGACUUCAACGAACAAAUGAGGUGAGACUGUAGUUUCAACAAAAAACCCACCUUUCACUUUAUGUGAAACCCACAGGCUAUAUGUACAUUUAUUAUAAUACUUGAUUUUACGAUAGCUGAAGCCAUAAUAGUGCAAAUUAGUUGUAGUAAGGCAAAGUUUUUGAUGAAGACUUCCAUCUAUUGAACAAAAAAACCCCUCGGGUCAUGUAUUCCGAAUUGGAUUUUAUUCUUUUCUUAUUUCUAAGUUCAAUGGAGAAGUGCUUACGUGACGUAAUUUUCAAACAAUGAAUUAUUGACCCAAAAUAUCCCACAAUGUACUGUGCAUUUCAGAAGUCCUCUCUAUUAAAAGUUGUGUGACGUAAGCACUUCUAACGUCUAUUGGCAAGAAUCGGAAAAACUAGUAUUUUAAAGGCUGCUCAACGUUGAACGUUAUCAAAGCUUCCUUGAACAAAGCAUAGUUUGAUCAAAGUGUGUAAAGAAACCAGCUUUGCAUGUACGCUUUCCAUAACCCUAUUACAAACAUUAUAUUUGUGAGCUGUAUUAAACAGCUGCCUGCAUUAAGCGGAGCGCUUUUUAAGGAGGUUGACAACAUUUACUUAAUCUCCUCAUACUUGGAUUACGUGGAGAUGACGCCAGUGCAAUCAUAGAAUCUUCAAUUGUGUAAAUAAGUAACUUCAAUUGUCUAAAGCAUUCCUGGGGAAUUACUUUUCUCAUUUUUGCUUUUCUUUUAUUUUAUCCAGAUUCUCAAUCAACUUGAGAAGAUUCAAUUGCAUCAAGUAACACCGACAUAUACUCAGAAUCUGCCCAUCAUUCUUCCCAAAAACACACGGGCCAUUCUCAUUUCAGUUUAUUGCAAUUUCUGGAACAGCAAAGGUCAUGCGUAUUUGAAUUACAUCACUUACCAGAAAGGCAAUGACAACGCGGCUGCUAAAGCAGAAGGCUAUAACACUCAUUUCAAUGUCUAUGCAAACACAUUCCUGUAUGAACAAAUGAUUCCUUGGAACACUACCCUUUCCAAUGAGUUGAUAUUCAGAGUGACAAGAUCCUAUCUUAGUGGUGGUAUUAAUAACUGGUAUCGUGUACGUUUGGUUGGUUAUAUAACCUCUCAAUAAAAAGGAAUUUUAGUAAAAUUUAGACAAAGAAAAUUUCACUAGGGAUUUGGUAGUUAUUGAGUAGUUACUUCGGGACUAAAUAUUUUAUAGUUUAAUAAUUAAAUAAUCACAAUCUAAUAUUUAAAUAAUGAAAUGAUUGAUGUUAAUUAUUAAAUGAUGAAAUAAGAUUCCACUGGUAUUUUUGUAAAAAGGUGUUAUAUCCUUAAUAAAUUAGAAAUCAUCUUUUGUAAAACAGUACUGUAUUAAAAUGUCGAUUUUGAGUAUACGGUUCUAUUAAAACAAAAAGUAGAGAGACCGCUGAGUCUGGAUAUACCUUGGCUAUUAGAUUUACAAGGCCUGUUUGGGCAAUUUCAAAUCACAUGGUUCAUUUGUAUGGUAACUACUUCAUCUUGCACGGAUAUUGGUGGAAAG